AUGCCACAUCCAAACUACACUUGCCGCACGGAUCCAUGUAGCGAUGCACUCUCCGACCCGAGUCACCACUCCAAAUUAGACGUCGCAACCCACCACCGUCACCGCCACCCCCCCCCCCCCCCCCCACCCCCGCCGUCCAUCUACUCGUGUCUACAGUCAAUGUCGCAUUGUGCCGUCGGUAAAUACGAAAAAACCGGCCCGGGCGGGGGAAUGAUACGGGAAAAAAAGCCAAGGGGUACAGUCGCGUCCGUAAAAAGUGCGGUCCGCGGCGCGGUGGCCGAUGGCGUUUUUACCGUGCCCUAUCGCCUCGAUGCGUGUGCACAUAUCUCCAUUGUCUCGUAUUGGCUCGUUCAUGCGAUCGUUUCACUGCACGACCUUCGGGUUCACCAUGCGAUGCACCCCGUUAUAUAUGUUAGACAGCACAAGGACUACAUUUUCCCCGCCACAAUCUUACGAUGCAGGAUU